UCGUCUAAUACGUGUCUCAAUACAUGCUUAAAAAGUUACCCAAAGUUGACAGAUUGUAGUGAAAUUUCAGUGUUUACAUUUUAUGCAUAUGUAUAAUUAAUAAUUAUUUUCUUCCUUUAAAAAAAAAUGCUUAUAAGGAUAAAUACAAAACAGUAGCAAAUACAUCAAUCAUUAUAAAUAAAAACAUGUAUUGCAAAGUAUAUAAUUUACUUUUAUCUUGACGUGAAAAAUAUUACUUAAAAAAAAUAUAUAAGAUUACUUCUUAUUAGAAAGUAAUAAUUUUCAAAAAUGGAUGAAACACUGGUACUUUGGAUAUUAGCGUUGGUUAUGUUGAUUGGAUCAUAUUUAGCAGGAUCCGUACCUUUAGUUAUGAAUUUAUCUGAGGAUAAAUUGCAGCUAAUAUCCGUUUUAGGUGCCGGUCUUCUUGUUGGAACAGCUUUAGCUGUUAUUAUUCCAGAAGGCGUAAGAGUAUUGUUUACAUCUGCCACUAAUGAUGCACAUGGAUCACAUGAUCUUCAUAGUUUAAUUGGAAUAAGUUUAAUAUUUGGUUUUGUAUUUAUGCUAUUGGUGGAUCAAUGUUCUGCUCAAAGAAGUGGAGGUAAAGAACGAAGUUUCACAGCAACUGUAGGAUUAGUUGUACAUGCAGCAGCUGAUGGUGUUGCUUUAGGUGCUGCUGCAACAACCUCUCAGGCAGAUGUAGAAGUUGUUGUUUUCUUCGCAAUUAUGUUGCACAAGGCUCCGGCUGCAUUUGGUCUCGUAUCUUUUCUUUUACAUGAAGGCGUGGACAAAAAAAAAAUUGGACGUCAUUUAUUUAUUUUCUCUCUAUCAGCACCAUUCUUGACGAUAGUCACUUAUUUUGGAAUUGGCAAGGAGGGUAAAGAAACACUUAGUAGUGUAAACGCAACUGGAUUAGCAAUGUUAUUCAGUGCAGGUACAUUUUUAUAUGUAGCUACUGUUCAUGUACUGCCGGAAUUAAUGUCAAAAAGCAAUGGUUCCUUUAUGCAUUUACCAAGUACAGAAGGAGCACUACCACAAUCAUCUCAUAUGAAAUGUCGUGAUAUUUUAGUGUUAGUAAUUGGAUCAUUUUUACCUGCUUUAAUGACAACUGGUCAUCAUCAUUGACACAAUAUUUUUUACACUGCGCAAUUUAUUAUUUUUCUAAAGGUAAUUUUAUAUUUCUUUA